CCAGAUUUGGCGUUGAUUUUCUUGUUUCUGUUUCUCUCUCCCUCGAUCUUCCCAAGUCAACCACCAAAAUGAAAUUGACUUCUGCUUUCGCUGUGUUGCCGUUCGCCGUGGCUGCUUCAAAAAGCGAACAAGCCAACUACAUCGGCUGCUUCACCAGCUCGGGCUCGCUCGCAAACCAGGGCUCUUACACGUUCGAGUCUGUCGGCCACUGCCUUAAUACCUGUGAGGCAGGAGAUUUCAAGUAUGCUGCUGUUCAAAAGAACGAUUGUUUCUGCGGAAACGCCGUUCCCGAGCAGACUGAUUUGACCGCCGAUGACCAAUGUGGCUCCCCUUGCCCUGGCUUUGCCGGCGACAACUGCGGCGGUCGCGCUGCAUGGUCGGUGUACUUUGGACGCAAUGGGUCCAAGCCGGACUGGUUGUCGAGUAGCUCUGUUGCAGUGACAAGCACGUCUACUGUAGGCGCCACCAGCAGCGAAUCCUCAACCUCGUCUACUUCUUCGGCUUCUACCUCUACGUCGCAGCACGCUAUCCCGUCUUCUGGCUCUCCUACAUCUUCUGCCAGUGUAUCCAAGGAUCCUUCAGCAUCGGCCUCGACCUCCAGCAUCGACCCAACCAACACUCCGAAUAGUGCAAGUCGCCGCUUCAAGUUUGGCUUUUAAACUAGCUGUCUAGACGCGCUAGUUCUUGUACUGCAUUGUGUGAACGUGACCAAGACCGACGACGAGUUGCGGUGGUCGCAUAUAAUGCAAUAGAAGACCUAAUACUGGUAGGCGACUAAUUGGAUAGCGGUGCGCUGGUUGUUGGUAUAGCAUCAGCUGGUAAUAUACGACACCAAAUAUCAUUUUAGACUACUUUCAUUGAAUAUAUCCAUCUACUUGUUGUCUUCCGUUAUGUUCAAUCAAACGCCGCUCAACUCCUUGAACGACCUAUGCCUCCUUAGUCUGCGCAAUAGCGUUAAUCUGCACGUCCGUAACAUGCUUGUCGAACUUGCGCAGGCUGACUUUCUUCUCGAACCUACACAUCUUA